UUUUUUUUUUUUUUUUUUUUGCACUAGAGAGAUUUUCAUUCAUUACAUUUGCAAUUUAGGAAUUUAGGAGGUCACACGGACUUCACAUUUUCCCUGAAAUACAGUAAAAACAUAAGGUGUUUUUGCUGCUUUUGGAAGGUAUGAGUUUCAAAAAUUCUGAAGAUUGGAGAAGACAAAAGUAUGACAGACUAAGUGCUUUACCAGAUGCUGUCUUAUGCCACAUCCUUUCAUUUCUCCCAAUGAAAUAUGUCGUUGCAACCUCCAUUUUAUCUACCAGAUGGAAAUACCUUUACAUGUCUGUUCCUGUGAUAGAACUAGAUGACACUGUACAUUCUCAAGAAGAAGAAGAAUCUCAGGACAACAUCAGAAGCGACAGUUUUAGAAGAUUUGCAGAUAGGGUGCUUAUGCUGCGAAAUGCUGACAUAAUUCAAUUUCAUCUCAAAUGCACAACGACUUUCGAAAGUUCAGUAAUCAAUGCAUGGUUAUGUGCUGUGCUUUUGCAUAAGGUUCAGGUGCUUAAUCUUUUCAUGAAAUAUGACAAUCCUAGAUGUUUAACAAGUGAACUUUUCACUUGUAAAACACUUCAGUGGUUAAACCUGGAUAGCUCCAUUAUCAUCAAGCCGAAGUUAGUUCAUUUACCAAAUCUGAAGAUCUUACGUCUUUUCGGAGUAGAAUUAACGGAUGAUGGUUCUAUACCACAGAUCCUUGCUGGUUGUCCUAAGCUUGAGCAUCUGCACAUGUGUGGUUGCCAAUUGCAUGGAAUUCAAGUUCUUGAUAUUUCAACUCCUUCUCUGAAGAGCUUAGAAUUUUUCAAUUGUUACGGUGCAUUCCGAGUUGUCAUUGAUACCCCAAAUCUUGAGGACCUGUGCUAUGUUGAUUUUUUAAAUGGAGAUCCAUUGGUGAAAAAUCUGAAGUCAUUGGUCAAAGCUUAUUUGUUUCCUUACUCUGUAACUCUACAAAACACAGAUGAUGCAUGCUUAUGUGGGGGUCAUGUCUCUAAGUUCCUGAAUGCAAUGGCUAACACCAAGUCUCUUACUCUCCUAACUGUUUGCUUGGAGGGUCUCCUUCAUUCCGGCUGUUCAAUCCCCAAAUUCCAAAAUUUGACCUAUAUGAAGCUAGUGCCACGCCAUAACUGUCAUUGGGAAUUGCUACCAAUCCUACUUCACAGUACACCCAAUCUAAAAACUUUGGCUCUUGAUAUGGAAUUUCCAGACAACGAUAUUCGCCAAUGGCCCAAGUUUCCUGUAACGCAGAAUCAGCCCAUCUGCUUGGCUCAGUACCUCAGGACAGUGGAUAUUUUCAAUUUCAAAGGGAUGCAGUUUGAACUUGAUUUGCUAAGCUAUCUUCUGCAGUAUGGACAAGUACUGGAGAAGAUAAACUUAAUUUUUUCACAGAAUAAUGGAUUCUCAAACUGGUCGGAUGCAGUUAGGAAGAUAUCAGCACUCCCAAAAACAUCAUCGACAUGCCAGCUGGAAUUUCUUUGUACGAGCAAAAAUACAUUUUGCAAGCCUGUAUGCUUGACAUCCAUCAGAAGUUGAACAGGGGCAAGCAAUGGGACUUAAAUUUCUGUGAAGAGCAACUGAGAUCAGAGUUAUUCUUGACAAGGGUUCUCUGCCUGCCGUGAGUAUUGCUAUUUCAUUUUGUUGAUUCUGCCAUGGUCUGGCCUUCUAGCUGUGGAUUUGUAAGUACUAUCAAAUAGAUUUGUGAUUUAGCUACUCUGUUUACGCAACCUGCUUUCUGUCUUGUGCAAUGUUGCAAUCCUAUGAGGCUGAUAAAUUCAGUAACUGUUGGUACGAGUGAGGCAAUGCAAAAUGACACGUGCUUCGCCCUACCCUAGUUUAUAAUGCCUAGCUAUUGAAAUGACUAGUUGGUUAAAGGAAAAAAUCAAUUCCCUUGUAUUGACUGGUUUUGCUAGUUUAUUUCCUCUUUUACUUUCUCUAUCUGCUUUUGUGGAAUAA